CAUUGGCGCCGCGCGCGGCCGCGCUAGUUUCUGCUGUAGAGUUUGGCGCGAACGUGCACGUCUGUGCGCGAGACAAAGAAGAGCCGCGUUAUCGCCUGCGCUCCUGAAAGUUGGCUGGUUUGCGGCGGUUAACGACUCACCAUGGCUGAUAAAGACGCUGCUUUUGAUGAUGCUGUUGAAGAGAGGGUGAUUAACGAAGAGUAUAAGAUAUGGAAGAAAAACACCCCGUUUCUUUACGACCUAGUGAUGACCCAUGCACUUGAGUGGCCAAGCCUCACUGCUCAGUGGUUACCAGAUGUCACCAGGCCUGAAGGUAAGGAUUACAGCGUCCACAGGCUGGUCCUCGGCACCCACACCUCUGAUGAGCAAAACCACCUGGUCAUCGCCAGUGUUCAGCUCCCGAAUGAUGACGCCCAAUUUGAUGCCUCACAUUAUGAUAGUGAGAAAGGAGAGUUUGGAGGUUUUGGUUCAGUGAGUGGUAAGAUUGAGAUCGAGAUUAAGAUUAACCAUGAAGGAGAGGUGAACAGGGCCCGCUACAUGCCGCAAAACCCCUGCAUCAUUGCUACCAAGACACCCACCAGUGAUGUGCUAGUCUUUGAUUACACCAAGCACCCAUCCAAACCAGACCCCUCUGGUGAGUGCACUCCUGAUUUGAGACUAAGGGGGCAUCAGAAAGAGGGAUAUGGACUGUCUUGGAACCCCAACCUGAGUGGCUGCCUACUAAGUGCGUCUGAUGACCAUACGAUCUGUCUCUGGGACAUUAGCACAGUGCCAAAGGAGGGAAAGAUAGUUGAUGCCAAGACCAUUUUCACUGGUCAUACUGCUGUGGUAGAGGAUGUUUCGUGGCAUCUACUCCACGAGUCCCUCUUUGGAUCAGUGGCCGAUGACCAGAAACUUAUGAUCUGGGAUACACGCUCCAACAACACAUCCAAGCCCAGUCAUGCAGUUGAUGCUCACACUGCAGAGGUCAAUUGCCUUUCAUUUAAUCCUUACAGCGAGUUCAUCCUGGCUACUGGCUCUGCCGACAAGACUGUAGCAUUGUGGGAUCUGAGGAACCUCAAGUUGAAGCUUCACUCUUUUGAGUCACACAAAGAUGAAAUCUUCCAGGUUCAGUGGUCACCUCAUAAUGAGACUAUCCUGGCCUCAAGUGGAACAGACAGACGGCUCAAUGUCUGGGAUCUCAGUAAAAUUGGUGAGGAACAGUCACCAGAAGAUGCAGAAGAUGGGCCUCCUGAAUUACUGUUCAUACAUGGUGGUCACACAGCAAAGAUCUCUGACUUCUCCUGGAACCCCAAUGAGCCAUGGGUGAUCUGCUCUGUGUCUGAGGACAACAUAAUGCAAGUCUGGCAGAUGGCAGAGAACAUUUACAAUGAUGAGGACCCUGAAGGAGCUGCAGACACAGAGGUUCAAGGGUGAAGAACAAUUGAACUUCCUGUCUCUACCACUUUACUUUCUCCGUAUGACCAUGUUCUUUUCCAUAUCUGAAACUGUGAACUGCAUCAGUCACAUCAGCGGCCACCUACACAUUCUCAAAGUUAAGAACAAAAGGACGUUCUUUCCCAAGAAAAGGAGGAAUAAUUGACAAUAUUUCUUUGUUUUAAGUUUCUGAAAGGUUUAUUUUUCUAAGAGAAAUUGGUUGGUUGUUCAUAUGGUUUUGAUUGAAAUUUGAGAAUUAUAAUCCAUCCCUCCUAUAAAUGCUUUUCCCUAGAGCCCUCCAUAUUCUAUGCGUUUUCUAAAAGUACGUUUUCAUUUUAAUAUAUCAACAGCAGCUUACUGUGAGUACUUGCUUGCCAUGGUCAAAUAAUGGUGGCUGUCAGUGGAGAAUAUGGAGAAAUUUAUUUUUACGUCUGCAAAAUGCAUCAUUCACAUGUUAGGGGUCCACAGGGUAACUUGUGUCCUCUUUAUUUUGUACUUUUCCCCCUCAGUAAUGGUGAUGUCAUCUGUUUUACGUCUUUAAUAUUGUAAUAUCCUUCUGUGGCUUUUCAGUGUCUCUCCUUUAUGUCCAUGUUAUUGUACAGAACAUUCAGAAUAAACUGUUUUUCACUGAA